AUGGCCAGCAGCGGGGCUGGCGGCGGCCAAGGGGGCGCGGCGAGGAAGGUGCGCCGCGGGGUCCCGUGCGCCCUGGGCCGGGCCCGCCUGGGCUCGCUGCGCUCCCACCAGUGCGCGCUGCUGCUCGCCGGGCUGCUCGCCGUGUGCGCCUUCUAUUACGUGGGCUCCGGCCGCGAGACCUUCUCCAGCGCCACGCGGAGGCUCAAGGAGAGCCGGGCAGGAGGCACGGCCGGGCCCGCCCCGGCCCCAGCCUCGGACGCCCCCCUGGCGCCCGAGGCCAAGGCCAAGCCGGCCGACGGCCUGUCCGCCGGGACGGCCGGGGUGGACUACCACGUACUGAUGAUGUUCACCAAGGCUGAUCGCAGCCCUGCGCUGCAGGCCAAGGGGCGCACAGCCCUGCGCUCGCUGCUGAGCCUCGCCAAGCUGGACGAGCAGGAGGUGCUCAACGUGCACUUUGUCAGCGAGGAGGCCAGCAAGGAGAUCGCCAAGAACCUGCUCCGAGAGCUGCUGCCCGGGGUGCCCUUCAAGUACAAGGUUAUCUUCCAUGAUGUCGGCGUCCUGACCGAUAAGCUGUUCCCUGUGGUGGAGGCCAUGCAGAAGCACUUCAGCGCAGGCUCUGGGACCUACUAUGGGGACUCCAUCUUCUUCUUGUCUGUCGCCAUGCACCAGAUCAUGCCCAAGGAGAUCUCACGGAUAAUUCAACUGGACUUGGACCUGAAACAUAAGACCAAUAUUCGCGAGUUGUUUGAGGAAUUCGAUAAUUUCCCUCCAGGGGCUGUCAUCGGGAUUGCCCGGGAGAUGCAGCCGGUGUACAGGCACACUUUUUGGCAGUUUCGACGUGAGAACCCACAGACCAGAGUUGGGGACCCUCCUCCCGAUGGGCUCCCCGGCUUCAACAGUGGCGUGAUGCUGCUGAACCUGGAUGCCAUGCGUCAGUCGGCGCUCUACCAGCGGCUGCUGGAGCCGGUGGCGCUGCAGCAGCUCACUGAGAAAUACCGCUUCCAGGGCCACCUGGGCGACCAGGACUUCUUCACCGUGGUGGGCAUGGAGCACCCCGAGCUCUUCCAUGUUCUAGACUGCACCUGGAACCGGCAGCUGUGCACCUGGUGGAGGGAGCACGGCUACGGCGACGUCUUUGACGCCUACUUCCGGUGCGAGGGCCACGUCAGGAUCUUCCACGGUAACUGUAACACGCCUAUCCCAGAGGACUAGGGGCCCGGGGCCUUGCCCUGUCCCCCAGGCUUUGGAGAUAGAGCAGUGUGAGGCCCCGCUGGGCUUGUUCCCCGGCCUGGCUCCCCUGGGGCUCUCCCCGUUCAGCCGGUCUCGGUCCACCACCGAGGCUGUCCAUCCCACCUGCCCGCGGGUGAUGGGGUGGGGGAAGGACAAGAGGAUGGUUGGUCUUGGCAAGGAAGAGGGAUGAUUGCCCCGCUGGCCAGAGGGCAGUGCUGCCCGGGAGGGAGGGGCUGAGUUCUUAGGAGAGAAGGAAGAGAAGAAACGCCCCCUCCCGUGACGGGGCCUUUAUGGCCAUCCCGUCCUGAAUCAGAUCAUGUGAUGUCAGUGCUCACCAAAUGCCAUCCUCGUUUGGACCAAAUACAGACUAACUGAGAAACAAGAGGCUUCCAUCUUUGAUGGACACCCGAGCAUCGGCCGCUCCUGUUGGUGUGGCCCUUGGUGCCAAGGCUGCACCGGCCCCUGAGGUGCCUCAGAACCAUGGCCAGAGUCUCCCUACGGUCCACUCUGAGCUCGACUCCACUUGGGGCGUUGGCCUUCCUGAUCGCGUACGCUGUUCACCAUUAUUUGGCUCUGAGCAACCGUCUCCUGCGACGAGAUGAAGACUGGGCCCUCCCCUUGAAGGAGAGCCGAUUCACCCAGUAUUAUUGCGCCCCGUGAGUCGGCAUCCCGGCCACAUCCUCCGGGACAUACGUCCAGCCCCGAAGGUCGGCUGAGAGGGCCGGCUCCUCUGAGGCUGAGCCAAAGGCAGCCGUCAGCAGAGCUCGUGCAGCCGACUACCGUGGUGGUGACCAUACUCUGUGCCAUGCUUGGUAAAAUGGCAGCCUCGCUGCUCGUCUUCAGACCUUGUAAGUAGCCGUCCUGCCCCAGGAGGCCAGUGCCCAUGUUCACCUCCAUUCUCUUAGCUUCAGGUGGGCCGCAGAGCCCAGGGGAGUCCCCGGGGUGCGGGAGGGGGGCGUGCCGGAGAUUUCUCCCUUGUGUGUUGACGUGUAUGUUUGCCCGAGGGUGGCCGAUACCUGGCCGAGGCCCGCACACUGUUCCAUGCCGCCUAUUCUGAGCGUCGUUUUUAACUGCACGAGGGCUCAGGUCCAGAGCUUAAUAAAUUCAGUGGAAAGAA